AUGCUAGCUGGCGGUCAAGUGGUCACCACAACAACCAGAAUCGCUACAGCGCAAGCCCUUCUUCCCCCUAGCUUCACAUCCUCGAUAGCAGGUGCGGCCACGAUUGUAGCAACAUCUGUCCUUGGCCUUUCCGCUCCUGUCACUACUCCGCCCAUAACGUCUUCGUCAGGACUGCUACCGCGAGAUGGUUUCAUCGCCCAAAACUACACCGUUCUCAGCCUUGAUCUGAACGGGACUGCCACCGAUCCAUCCUACCGGAGAUGUCAGCCAUAUAGGCUUGCGCCAACGUACAGCCCCGGCAUAUGUCCACAUGGGCAAACUAUUGCAGAAGUCACUGCGUGGCAGGUGAAAGCAUCUACGGGGUACCGCACGUUCUGGCAAGCUAGUUGCUGCAGAAGCGGCAUGACCUUUGGGCCCGAGUACUAUGAAGCGUGUAUCAGUACCUUUUCUACUCCAUUGCAAGCGCUAGCGCUUCUCAUCACUACGCCCUACAGUGGCGCUUCACCCUCGACAUGGUACGAGUACACGAGAUCGACUUACAUAACCUCUGCCAGCAGUUGGUUGACAUGGACAACCUCGAGCACCACGCUACUGUCCACAGGUCUAGCCGUUGCAGACCCAAUCGUGGUGGCUUGGCAGGCAGAAGACUUCAGUUUGUUUCCUCCCGACUAUGCGACUUCCCUAGCAAGGAAGAUCGGCAUGGCUCUUCCUACGAAUACAGCAAGUCCACCACGACAAGGCGAAACAGGAGCGCCAGGGCUCGGCACGGGCGCAAAAGCCGGCAUAGGCAUCGGAGCGGCGAUUGGUGCCGUCGCGGUUCUCACAGCCAUUGCAUCGCUCUGCCUGCGAAGACGGCGUCAGACAAAAGUCCAGCCAGCUACGCAAGGGCAAGUCAUGUCCGAGAUGGCCGACCAGGACCACGACCUCGCAAAGAAGAAGUGGUGGAUUGCAGGGAAGUGGAGAAACGAGGCUCAGGCUCAAGCCGAGCCGCAGGAGCUCGAGAACAAGACGGUCCACGUUGUACCCGGGCCGCCGGCUGAGCUCGAUGGAGUAUCGUUGCAACAUCCGAAUGACGCCGGUCGUGCUGUUCUUCAUUGA